GAGCUCCUUCCGGUAGUGCGUAAGCCCCGAGCGGAGCCGAGACCCAGCGGAGCCUGAAUCCCAAUAAGACAAGAUGGCCGGGCUGCCCCGCAGGAUCAUCAAGGUACCCGCUCCCCUUCCUCCUCCGGCCUGUCCCCACCCCCUUGCCCCGCUCGGCCCUCAAGCUGCGCGCAGGCCUCGCCGGGCCUCACGCCCAGGCCCGGGGCCGCCGGAGCCCCGAGGAAAGCGCUGAGGGCAGCGCGGCGCUUCCGGUGAGCGGGGCAGGCAGGCAGGCAGGCAGGCGGCGACUUCGCCCUCCUUCCUUCCCCCGCCGCUGCAGGGCGCGGGGGGCGAGGCCGGCCUGGUGGCGACAACGGCAGCAGCCAUCGCGGGAGGGACCAGCCGGUGCGCGCCUGAGGGGCGGCGGCGCCUUGCGAGCAUCCGCCUGCCGGGAAUGAAUGGGAGCCGCAAGCAGGGCGGAUGGAAGGCGCCCCCCCCCCCGCCACCUUCCGGGCCUGGGUUCUGAGCCGCGCGAGUCACGGCGCUGGUCCCCGCCCUCUCCGCCGCUGCAGCCGGCGCCCCUGCCUCUGCUGAGCCGCGGCAGGGCGAAGGGAGGCGGCCGGGGCGGGCUCUCUCUCCCACUCGCCCGCACGAACUAGGCGGGUGUCGGGCGAGACCUGGCGGUGGCCCAGGCAAGCUGGUGUGAAGCGGCGCACGACACCCGCAUGGCAGCCGACGGGAAGGCGCAGCUUUGCCUCAGCCUCGCGUCGGCUCUCAGGCAGCAGCAGAGUCCGCUGCUGGCUCACGGUGGUGGUUCCCAAGAGCGACGGCCGAAGUGAAUGGGCUUAGCCAAGGCUCUCUCCCCUCCCCAAACGCGAGCUAGGUUUUGUUGCAGUGCCCCUUUUUUAAGGGAGAGGGUUGCAUCCGUUGAAUCAGAGUAGGUCCAUUGGCGCCAGGGUGGUAUAUAGUAGCUAGAAUGUUGGACCUGGGAGACGGGGGUUCUGGUCCCCAACUCACUGCGUGGCCAUGGGCUAGUCGCUGUCUCGCCGCCUAGCCUGCCUCUCAAGGUAGUUGUCAGGAUGAAAUUGUGAAAGGGCUGAACUGUGCACAUUUGAACGCCUUGGAAGAAAGGUGGGGUAUAAUUGUAAUAAAUAAAAUGAACAGACCUAGGUUAGUUAGGUCCAUUCAUUUCUACAGGUAUGAAAAACACUGGAUGUGGCCCAGAAUGUUUUGAUUCCAUGCUGCCAGAUAAAACACAUAUGCACAUACUUCUCUUGAGUUUUUGGGUGCUAUCAUGUUUGGCAUAUUAUGGAGCACAAAAAAUGGUCAUGAAAUUGUAUCGCUUUUUCUUUUCACAUGUAGCUUAAAAGUUAAAAACAGGAAGUAUCUGAUUUAAAAUAAAGAGCUUCCAGAACUAACACCCUUUGUGUGUUGAUACUAUCACUGCUACACUUUCAGCAGUGCACCCUUGAUAUGUAAUUCUGAGUUUUCAGAUUAUGGGUUACAUGAUCUUAACAGUGCUCUGAAAAGGUCACAAGGCUGUGUUUUCAAUCAGUUGCCUUGGAUUCCAGUAAGUGUUGCUGUGGAAAAGAUUUGUAUGAUUGAGACAUUGUACUCGGUUCUUAGUUGUGCAUAGAAUUGCUGCUAAAUUUAUACUGUUGAAAGCUCCAGCCAACUUGCAACCCUAAAUUGUACUUAAGCAGGGGGUUAGGUCCCACUGAGGUCUGUGGAACAUGGAGUAAACAUGUUUAGGAUUAAGUAGUUGAAUGAGCAACAGUGAGAGGGCUUUUGUGGACAAGUUCUGCUUGUGAGCUUUGCAGAGGCAUCUGGUUGGCCACUGUCAGAAACAGGAUGCUGAACUAGAUGGACUAUAUGUCUGAUACAGCAGACCUCUUAGGGUAUUAAUGGGAAACUUGGCAUUGAUUUGCCUCUGUUUUAUUGAAGCAAAAACAUGUAAUGUUCUACAGUCAGUAUGCUGAGAGAAAUGUUCAGUAUAGUAUGAGUAAAUUCAUUGUGUAUUUACCUUAUUUUUAUUCUACAUACCCAUUUGACUUGGAAAUACUGAGUUCACUCACACUGAGUUCAGUGGGAUACACUCUCAAGUGUGAAAAGGGAUGCAGCUCAGAUUCAGUUCUACUCCUUGUUACAUGGAGAAACAAAGAGCUACACAAGUUACUGAAACUGCGCAACUAACCAUGAAAGAAUUUAGCUUUUCCACUUGAUAGGAGAUCUCACCAGGCAUUGAUUUCAGGCCUAUCAAAAAUUGAAACCGAAAGCUGAUAUUUCCUAGAAAGUGAUUUCUAACCUAAAACCAAACUUAUAUCAAACUUGAACUCUUAAUUUCUGAACGGAUUGUAUACUUGUGUUGCUCAUGUAUGGAAUCACAAAAUAAAUGCAAAACCUAAGUGAGUCUUGUUACAAAAACAAUGCUGGAAAAUUUACAGGAAUCCGAAAUUUUACCAAGAGACAAAACAGGGCUGGAAAAUUUACAGGAAUCUGAAAUGUUAGUAAGAGACAAAUAGUUUCCCAGCUAUCCCCAAAUAAUUUUGAAAGUGGCAAAUAGGCAGAGCAGUUCAACCCCCACCCUCGGGAUCUUGCAUCAGUCCCCCUUCUAUCAGCUGAAUGUAAGGAGAGCUGCCAGUGGAAUCCCCUCCCCCUGGGAGGCCCCCAAAAGUGGAUUUAUGGAGCCCUUGAUUAACCAUCUCAAGUAGUCAAUAGUAGUUGCAAUUCAAAAUACCCAUCCAACAUGGAGCAAUGACUCAAUAUAUACACUAAUUUUUGUUAAAAGGCUUUCUAGUCAAAAAAUAGUUUUAAAAAGCGCACUCUCUCAAAAGGACUUGAGGCACAAUCCCAACUCCCCCAGGCUUUGCUGAGCAGCAGGGCCACACAGCACUGCUGUUCAUUGUAGCCACCACAUAAGAUUGAGUGGGGGGCAGAACUAGCAUGCCUGAUGUUGUUAGUGAGACCCACUCAGGAUCCAGUGGAUCCUGGACCAACUCAGUCCUUUCACCCGAACACCUCGUUUUAGUAGCAAGUGCCUUUCCUUCUGUGUAUUGCGGAGAAUGUAGGAGAGGGGGGUUGAGUAUUUCAUCAUCAUCAUCAUCAUCAUCAUUACAAAAGGCAGAAACUUCAAUGUAAACUAAACAAACUUAGGUCCUUUCUUUUUUCCCUCUCUCCUUCCCUCCUUUUGCUCUGAGGCACAGAAAUGAUGCAUGAGGGCAGCAACAAGCAAUGGCUGGCUAGUAAGCCAAGCCAAAGUUUGUGGGCCCUGGUUAAUUGGGGUAUGUGCGAAGUUGAGUUCUUGUGAUGUGCAUUAUCUGUUUGAAAGGUAGGACACAGUAGAAAAAUAUAGAAUUGUACACAGGGUUCAAAAUUAGCAGGGUGCCAGGCGCAUAUUGCACUGAAAGGUUCUCCAUUUGUGAGCACCUCAGAAAGUCAGAGUGCAAUUUUUUAUGCCUGCCUGACACUCAAGGAUUACUGAAAUAUUUGUGCUUUGAAACUUCAAAGUACAGUAUAUAUUAAGAAUAGACAAUAUGUUAAGGAAUUUAACAAUAAAGAGUAGAAUGUUUAAACUGAAGUAUGGUUCCAAUAUUUUUAUUGUAAAUACCUAAUUAAACAUGACUAAGUGGCUUAGUCAUGCUGGCCACAUGGCCUGGAAAAACUGUCUGCGGAAGCGGACAAACGCCGGCUCCCUCGGCCAGUAAAGCGAGAUGAGUGCCACAACCCCAGAGUCGUUUGUGGCUGGACUUAAUUGUCAGGGGUCCCUUUACCAUCACCUUUAAUUAAACAUGUAUUAACAAUUCCUGCUAAAAAUGUGAUAUUAACAUUGUGUCACUUAUGUGAAUUGUGCAUUAGUUCAUGUUUAUCAAAAUAAUAAAUAAAAAGUGUUGCCGGCACCUUCCCCCAUGGCAGCUAGACAUUCUGUUUUGGCCCACAACCCAGGUCCUAGAAGCCAUUUGGCUCCUAGCUUUUCUAUCCCAGUUUCUAACACUGAUUGUACAGGCCACACCAGGCAGAAGCUUUUGUUAUCCUUGUCAGUACUAAAGUGUAACAUAUUAAUCUAUUUGAGAAUAGUUUUUCUUUUGGCCUUCUGUAUACUAGUUUGUGCAUAGUUCAAAACCACUAAACUAGCAUUUCAGUGACAAGUCUUAUGUAGCUAGUCAGUUUAGUGCUGGGUGCCAGCGUGGUGUAGUGGUUAAGAGCGGUGGACUCGUAAUCUGGUGAACCGGAUUUGCAUCUCCGCUCCUCCACAUUCAGCUGCUGGGUGACCUUGGGCCAGUCACUCUUCUCUGAAAUCUCUCAGCCCCACUCACCUCACAGAGUGUGUGUUGUGGGGGAGGAAGGGAAAGGAGAAUGUUAGCUGCUUUGAGACUCCUUCGGGUAGUGAUAAAGCGGGAUAUCAAAUCCAAACUCUUCUUCUUCUGCCUUCGUAGUGACAACACACAGAUGUUUCUAGUAAAGUUCUGCUGCUCUCUUUGUUUGAUCCCAGAUCUUCUGGGACUGAAUGGCCUUGUGACCGUGGCUGCGUCACUCCACUGUGUACUAAGCAGGUUUGGGCUUCUUUGCCAUGAGUACAGUGAGUUUGUAUUGGAGCAAUUGCCAGCACUGGCACAGAUCACUGACCAGGAACUUGCAGGGUUUCAGUAUCAGUAGUAUUUUUAACACAUUUGAUUUCAGUGAUAAUAGAUCCAAGCUGGACUGCUACUCUAUAAUUUAUUUGAGGGCAUUAAAACCAUACAUAGAAACACAUUGCUGUUCUUCCAAUACCUCUCCUGAGUUCUUCAAGUAACUUUUAUAACAGUAUGUAAGAUUUGGAUACGCUGUACUUCAGUUGCAAUAAUAAUAUCCCACCUAUCACAACAUUUCUGGGGCCUUUGUAGAGUAUAUCUAGAGAGAUGACUGCAGACAUGCUGCCUCACUAGUCUCUUUAGCCUAAAUGUUACUGUGCCUAUUUACUCCAGUGUAUCCUGCAGCAGGAUUGCAAUUUCAAGUGUGAAGACUGUGUCAGAACUCAAGAACAGAACAAGGAAAUAGGAAAGCAGACCUACAACCAUCCUGCCCAGCAAGCAAGAAAGUUGAAUAGCUCCUAAACUGGCACCAGUUUAGCCAACAUUGUUCUCUCACUACUUGCUGCAUUUUAAACCUAUUUAUGCAGCAUGAAAGUAGCAAAGGUGUCUUUUCUUUUGAAGUGCCAAUUUGGAAGGGUAGUUUGGUUUGUUUGUUUAACUCUAAAAAUGUUGAGACAUAUUCUGUAAAUCAGAUAUGCCAAAAUAAAUAUGACUAGGUCUCAGAUAUAAGUAUCAGCGUUGUGGGAGGGAAAGACUGUCUCCAGUAGUUUUUCUCAAAUGAGUUGGGAGGAAACAAUUUAGGUGUGGGGCUUGUGACUCAGAUUGAAGUGGCAAGGAGAAGUAAAAUGGGCUAAUGACUGAGCAAGUGAACAGAUGAUCAGGAAAUAAGAUCUGCAACUGUCUUUACUCAUGUAUGACAGGUGUCUGGUAAUCUCAAUCUCUUUAAAUGAUUUUUGACUACUGGCUGAGAUCUAAUAAUAGCUCUGGUUCCUUUAAAAGUUACAAAGAGGUGUGGAAAGAAGGCAUCAGAUGUCAUAAAGGCAGUGAGCAAAGCUGGGAGAAUGCUCCGGCAGGAAAUUGAAAAGUGUCUUCAUUCUUGUUCUUCCUACACCUCUAACAUUGGUUGUUGGCAUCAACAAACUGCUUGGUGCUGUGGAACACCAAGUUGUACAGUCUGCACCUGGAGGGCUUGCAGUCUGAAUCUGAUAGGAGAGGACAUGAGGACGGGCCAGUCAGAGGAGGAAGGGGAUGAUGAAAAUGUAGAGCUUAAAGUGAGCCAGGAAAGGCUUUUAUGGAAAAAGUCAUUGAAAUCAGUGAUUGGAAGGAAGGGAGAGAUAGAAAAGGCUCUCACUAAUGAAGACAGUAAAAGAAGGGACAUGGAUCGUGUGAGAGUUUAGGAGGUACAUGAAGAAAAGCAUUUUCUCCAUGUUUUCUUUCUUGGGGUUGGAAUAUAUUAAAUACUUCAUUAAAACUAAACCUCACUGCUUUAAGAAUAUGAAUGGCUUGAGUACAGUUUGGUAUACAGUAUUUAUGACACUUAAUUGAGUAUUUAUUUUUAGCCAGAUAAAUACAUUAUUCAGACAAUAACUGGGAAAAUACGUAGGCCAGCGUCCAAAUAACUGUGACACUAGUUCCAUGAGUCAAAGGGAACUAUAGACUUCUUUCCAUCAAUAUCAGUCUCCUUGCCACAAGGAAAACUGCUUGUGGAACCAAGGGGACUUUCCAAAACAGUUCGUGACCUGUGUGAGAGUCACUGUUCAGAUAUAAGACACAAAUCCACUGGGCCUGGCACAAGUGCUAUGAGGAAAAGCAACUCUUUGAGUCCGAAACUCAGUGUCAGAUAUGGAGCUACAAGUUAUUGCAACUCACAGUAUCUUAAGUAUAUCUUAGCUUUUGUUGUUAACACUGUAACAAAACAAAAAAUAAGUUUUUACAGUGGUGCCCCGCAAGACGAAUGCCUCGGAAGACGAAAAACUCGCAAGACGAAAGGGUUUUGCGGUUUUUGAGGUGCUUCGUAAGACGAAUUUCCCUAUGGGCUUGCUUCGCAAGACGAAACGUCUUGCGAGUUUGUUUCCUUUUGAAGCGGGAACUGGGCUGGCAGGGAGCGAGCGAGGGAGCGACCUACCUUUUCCAGAGGGAUCCUCUUCUGGAGAGGGCACAGAGGAGGCAGGUGGGCUGGGAUCCAGCGGAUCUGGCUGGGUCUCUGCGCCGCCGCCGCCUCUCUCUCUCUCUCCCCCUCCCCACGUGGCUGCUCCAUUUUGCCCUAACUGCGCGAAGGCAGGAGGAGGCGGGACAAAGGAGGAGGAGGAGGAGGCAUCCACUGCGCUUGGGCCGCCGCGAAGGCGCCUUUGCGGGGGUGGGAAGGAGCCGGGAGCAGCUGCCGAGACUGUGGGGAGCCCGGCGGCAUGGCGCAAGGUAACGGGGGGAGCAAGGGAGAGUCCGCACCGGGUGCUUCGUGCGUCCGCCCUCGGUUCCUGGGCUCGAACUUCCUUUGGCACCUCGUGGAGAUAGGGAGAGGAGCGGGCUGGGGCUUUGAUGUGGGACGCGGUUUGGCGGAGCGAAGACGUGGCAAGGCUUGGCGACAGAGGAAGGGGGGCUGUUUUCGUGGGGAGGUGGGAGGGGGUGUCUUUGCCUCUUCCAGGGAACAGAUCCUCCAGGCUGUGAAACUCCUCCUGCUGGGGAGCGACCCGCUUUGUGCUUUGCCCGCUAUCCCAUUAUAAUACAGUACCAGGGUGCAUCCGUGCUUCGCAAGACGAAAAAAUCCGCAAGACAAAGAAACUCGCAGAACGGAUUAAUUUCGUCUUGCGAGGCACCACUGUACUUCUUAGUCUCAGGGUGCGAACUAAUGCACACUUACUGUAUCUGAGCAUAAGCUCCAUUGAAAUCAAUAGGACUUUUCUCUGAGUAGACAAGAACUGUUUGAAACUGUUUGAGGACUCUUUGAGACUGGCCUGGGAAGCAAAUAUCCUGUUGAUGUAACUUAAGAAAUAGCAAUGGAUCUGGGUAUUCUAAAAAUAAUGAACACUUCUGCUAUACUGAAUCUACAGUCCUAAACUCAUUAGGGAAUGAGCCCCAUAGAACAUAGUGAGACUUAUUUUGAGUAAGCAUAUUUACCGUAGAUUGUGCUGCUGUUCAGACUUGCAGCCUGAUCUUUUAUAGAAGUAAUAGUCAAUUCCUGACAUUUAACAGUGUCCAUCCAUCAGUGAAUGAGUUUCCCUUCCCCUCCUCUCACCUUCUGCUAAAGCGUAUUUCUCUAGACAAAACCAUUGUCUGAAAAAUAAUUCAUAGCCUGAAAUACUGAAGUUUCAUUUUAAACUUCAUGGACAUCAGAAACAGGUUUAUAUGAAUUGAAACAGGUUUUCCACAAUUAAUGUGCCUUGCUUUUGUGUGGGUAGUUUUCAGACAUUCAUGUCCCUUGAUUCAGAAGAUGGAGGAAGCAAGAGAAUUCAGACCACGUUGUCUAAACAUUGCAGGAGUGAUGUGCUUGGCAGAUUCCCAGAUCACAAUUCUGUACCAAAUAGCUGAAGAUAUUCUGUAUUUUUUGAUACCAAUCCAAGGUUACUUGUUUAGUAAUGCAGCCAAACACAAUCUCACUGUUAUCAACACUAUCAUUACUAUAUUUGCAUCUUGUAGUGAACCGAUUUGUAGUGGCAUGAAACUGCUGCAGAGCAAGGUUAUCUGGAGUUUUGGAGUAUGUUGUCAGCAACGUUCUGAUGACACACAGAUCUACUCCUCCUUACUGCAGGUGUAGCAGUGGAAGUGCUGGACCAGUGUCUUGUCUCCGUAAUGGACUGGAUGACAGCCAACAAACUGAAUCUCAAUCCAGACAAGACUGAGGCACUGUUAGUGGGUGCUUCCCUAGACCAGAUGGAUAGGAUGUUGCCUGCUCUUGAUGGGGUUGGUUAUACCUCCUCUAAAAGAGGGGGUACGUAGCUUUGGGGGUACUCCUGGAUCCUUUGCUUGAGGUUCAGGUGGCCUCAGUGGCAGGAGUGCCUUCCAUCAGCUUCAGCUGGUGGCCUAGCUGUGCUCCUAUCUGGACAGGGAUAGCCUAAAUUCUGUUGAUUAGUUGCCGGGCCCAGUUCAAAGUGUUGGUUUUGAUCUAUAAAGCCUUAAACAGCUCAGGACCACCUCUCCCCAUAUGAACGGAUCCAGACCCUGCAAUCAUCAUGUGAGGCUAUUUUGUGUGUGCCUCUUCCACAAGAGGAUGGCAACAGGAGAACAGGUCUUUUCUGCGGUGACUCCCUGUUUGUGGAAUUCCCUCCCAAGAGGCGCUUGCCUGCAUUGCAGGGGGUUGGACUAGAUUACCCUUGGGGUAAUGUUAGAAACUGAGAUAGAAAAGCUAGGAGCCAAAUGGCUUCUGAGACCUGGGCUGUGGGUGCCAAAACAGAAUGUCUAGUUGACACUUGGGGGUGACAACACUUUUAAUAUUUUGAUUAGCAGGAACUAAUACACAAUUCACAUAAGUGACACAUUUUUAGCAGAAAUUGUUAAUACAUGUUUAAUUUGGUGUUUACAAUAAAAAUAUUGGUACCAUACUUCAGUUUUCAAAGCACUCUGCUCCUUAACAUAUUGUCUAUUCUUAACAUAUACUUCAAGGCUUCAAAGCACAUACAUUUCAGUAAUCCUUGAGUCGCAAAAAAUGGCACUCAGACUUUUUGAGGUGCUCGCAAAUGGAGAACCUUUAGAUGUAAAAUGCGCCUAGCACCCUGCUAAUUUUGAAUCCUGCCUUGGGGUCCUUUCCAACUCUAUGAUUUGUAUAUCUUUUGGUGCCAGGCAAAACAUUUGGAAGUGGGGUUAUUGGUUGUGUUUUGUUUUAUUAUGUAUUUUGUAUUUUUAUGUUGUGAACUGCCGUGUGAUCUUUCCUGGUUAUUUAUUUUUCCUGCUGAUAGAGACAUCACAACACAAUAGAAUGAUACUGCACUUUAACCUCAUCUAAAUAUAGCAAUAUGAAACUAAAUUUACUAAGUGAUAGCUGGACCUGUUUGCUUACAUAAUGGAAUAUAGGAAGGGGAAGUGUUUGCAGUUCUUGGUGCUGUGUUAAUACAGUGUGCCUGCUUCUUCAUUGAUGUCUGAAAAGUUAGAUUCACCAGAUGGGAAGUUAAUAUUCUGAAGGUUUGGUAAAAUGUACUGGGAGGACAACAACUUGUAUACUUCCUUUGUCCAUGGAUAGCUGCCCUCUUAGAGGAAUAGUACGUAUGUGUGUUCCACUUUGGUUUUCUCUCUCUUUCAGGAAACCCAGCGCUUGCUGGCAGAACCUGUUCCUGGAAUAAAAGCGGAACCAGAUGAAAGCAACGCACGUUAUUUUCAUGUGGUCAUUGCAGGCCCACAGGAUUCUCCCUUUGAGGGUGGGACAUUUAAACUUGAACUAUUCCUUCCAGAAGAAUAUCCAAUGGCAGCUCCGAAAGUACGUUUCAUGACCAAAAUUUAUCAUCCUAACGUAGACAAAUUGGGAAGAAUAUGUUUAGAUAUUUUGAAAGGUAAGUAUUUUGGAGCCAUGAUAAGCAUGACAUAUCUUUCUCUUCCAUGCAUUUUUCAGAUUAUUAAAAUAGUUGAAAGAAUAUUUCAUAUUUCAGUUAUUUUAAGGGGUGUGUGUUUUGUAUUUGAAAUGUUGCUUUAGUACUCUCUAACUUGCUUCCUCAGACAAAUGGUCUCCAGCUCUGCAGAUCCGUACAGUUCUGCUAUCAAUCCAGGCUUUGUUAAGUGCUCCCAACCCAGAUGAUCCACUAGCAAAUGAUGUAGCUGAGCAGUGGAAGACCAAUGAAGCCCAAGCCAUAGAAACAGGUAGUGUGCCCUUACUCUAGACUAAAGAAAAUUGAGUUAUGAAUAAAAUUCUUGUACUGCUUUUGAUCCCAAAUGCAGAUGCCUAAAGUAUCUUACAAAAAUAAAUCUUUGUAAGAAUCACUCCAAGUCAUACAUACAAUAACUCAAAUACCGUAAAUAUAAAAUACGUCCAGCCUUUUAAGUCUUGGGGACAAAAGAGAUGAAUUGUUAAUGAUGUGCAUGCAAUUUGUGCACAUAGUUUUUGUUCUGUGAAGAAAUUGCCAUGGGGAGACUUCGCAAAGGGAGAAGGCACAGGGGAGGUUUAACAGUUUCUCUUCCUGUACAGUGCCAAGGAAAAUUCCCUCUCCAAAGCUGCUAUUUGCAUUUCAAAGGUCACAUCUUGGCCAUGUAACUUGUGCAGUCUUGGAAGCCUACUUUCUAGUCUAUGAGUGCGGGCGUCAUCAUGGGCUUAUGGCCAAGUCUGACCUCUAGUUGACUUUUUCAGCUUUCUUGUAUGAGUGUGUACAUAGAUUUAUGUGUGGAAACUAUCAAGUGAGAAACCUACUGGUUGAUAAGUUGUCUCUUGUAAGCGGGUACUGCCUUUGCAUCUGAUGUGCGUAAGAGUCACACAAUCAAUGUACCAUAGGUUGGUUGUGUCACAUUGUUGAUGUGAAUUUGUAAAUGGCUCUAUAGCUCUAUAAAGAUGAGGGUGCAAAACUAUGGAACAUUUGGCACUUGAUUCAUUUUAUUAUAUGUAGUCCUCAGGAAUAGCCAGUAUUCUAAUGAGUUUUGGGCAAGAAAGGUGGGAGGGAGUAGAGAAUUCUGAAGUUAGAUGCUUUGUUGUCUAAUACAUAUUUCUUUUCUCUUUUCAGCCAGAGCAUGGACUAGGCUAUAUGCCAUGAAUAAUAUUUAAAAUGUGCUCUGAAUCAGUGUGCAUCACUUUUUCCUGUUCUGCCAAGACCUCUUCCUUUUUUUUUGUUUGUUUUUUUUUGUUUGCAUUUAAUGGACACAGUCUUAGAAAACAUUACAGAAUAAAACCCAGACAUCAGUUCUUUGGUGAUUUAAAUGCAUACUAGCAAAUCUGUGUCUUGUCCUAAUUCACUCCUGUUCCGCAUGAGCAGAGGCUAGAAGUAUCAUCGGGAUUGUUUGUGAAAUUGUUUAAAAGCAGUAGCACAUCUCUGCUUUUAAUAAGUUUUCCCCAUCAUGAGUUAAGUGUAAGCACUGUGAAUGAAAGUAGUCAGGUUUAGCUGCAGGGAUUUUUGUUCUAAUUGUGUGGGCUCUUCCUCCCUUUUUUAUGGUGAUGCUAAUUGUAUCGGUUAAAGCAGCUAACCAGUUAUACUCUAGAAUAUGCCCUCUAGCCAAGUCUAACUUAGACGCUGUAGAUGGACAAGCUUGGCUGUUUGAACAAAAAUGGGAACAUUAAACAUCCAUCACUAAUAAUAUUGUGAUUCUGCUGUCAAGUGUAAAAACCCUCCCUUCAAGAAAAGAAAAAAAAAGCUUGUGACCAUUUUGUAUGGCUUGUCUGAAAAAUCUUCUGUAAAUCUUAUGUUUUAGUAAAAUAUUUUGUUAUUCUACUUUGCCUUUGUACAGUUUGUUUUGCUGUGUUCUUUUGUUCACUUUUCAAUUGUGACAUUUUUUUUAAUGAAGCCAGAUUAGAACACUUUGAUUUUCAUCAACCUAACAGCUGCAGUGAAAUAUUGGAUUCCCCCCUCUCGACCUGUAUUCACCACAUUAGUGUUCAUAAUAUUUCUUUUGUUUUUAAAAAGCCUCUGAUAAAUGUAAUUGUUAUCAGAGUCGGUUAGAUGCAUCAUUAAUGUGUUUGUACUUGCAAAGUUAAGUACCACUGAAGCAGGAAGCUAGCAAAACAAACAGUAAUUUUGGGUGUAUGUGUACCUUGUCUGUCUUGUGCUAUGUAUUAUCCAGUAUCAGAAUACAUUUUAAAAUAACUAGGAUCUUAAAAAUAAAUAAAUAAAUCCUCUGCAUAAAAUGAGAUGUUAACAGUGCAGGUCAAUUGGUUGCUAAGGUAUUUACAAUUAGGCUUCUUAGCUCUGGCUGUACCUGCAGUCUUUAAGCUACUACUUUCUUGACCCAUUUCUUCAUUUGAAGAUGGAAACUUCUUAUUUCUUAAGAUAUCACGCAAAAAUGUAAAUAACUCAUGGGAGCAUAUUUUGAUCCCAACUUCUACCUUCUGUAUUUCUUAAAAUUUCUUUUCUUUUCUUACCCUACUUCUUUGCCUUGACCAUCUUUCUGAUAUCUCUGCUUUUCAUGUGGCCAGUGUAAUGCCAGCUUGGCAUGGGUAAUGUCUGUCUUGCAGUUUGGGGGGUGGGGGGAAACAGUAUUGAGGUCCAUAAUUUUCUGCCCAUCAUACCUAUUCUAGCAUCAUCUGGGGUUUCUAUAGAAUGUGGUGUAUGUAUUGUGCUCUUAUGUAAGAUAAAGAAUAUCUAUUAAAAUCACAUUUUCAACAGACAAAAAUGCUUUUAGUGAUGGUAUUGUCAGAGUUGACUGCAUUAUAGCAUGAUAAAAGGCUGAUAAUCUGCUUCAACAGGAGAGCGAGACCAUCUCAAAAAUUGUUUCUAGUUGAAAUUCUUUUUUAGAUUGUUUCUGGGCUUCUAGCUAGUCCUUGUCAACUACCAAUGAAUAGCACCACUGUCUGCCAUAGUAGAGAACUGAUUGUGUUAUUCUUCUCUAACACUUGACGAGCGUUUAAGUUCUCAUAUGUCAGUGACUAGUAUGAACAUAACCACAUGCAUAGUGGUAUAAUCUCUGACUACUCAAAAACAAGUCCCACUCAGUUUAAUAAAAGUUAUAUUGAAAAAAAUGCUUAUGUUUGCAGCUGUAGUAGUUUUUUAAAGAAAGAAACUUGAAUACCUGCAUAGCAAAUGGCUUUAAAAUGCUGCUACCAUGAUAUUAUUUUUAAAAAGACCAGACAGCGUAAGCUCUGGCUCUCUGUAUGUCACAUUCUGGAAUAAAACCAAUGGAAAAAAUACCAUAAAACCUGUUAAAAAUGGUACACAGUAGCUGAAGUCAAGUACAUAUGGCAACUAUAUGGUUGGAAUGUUAAUUAAUGUUCAAACAUAGGGCAUAAUUUAGCAAGAGCUAUACAAAUUUCAAUGGGUUACAGCUUAAUCCUAAAUAUUUUUAUUUGCUGUAAAUCCCACUGAAUUCAAUUCUGCAUGAGUGCACAUAGGAUUGUAGCUUUGAACACAUGCUAUAUUUCUCCUAUUGAAAUAAAUGGGCAUGGGAGGCGCUUAACUUUGGACUGUGUCCUUUCCAGCCCUGCAUAUGUGGUAAAUGUCUUUAAAUGUGUACAAAUAACUGUUGAAUCUAUGCUGUGCACUAGAGAGGUGUGUACACUCAAAUUUGAGGAUUUCUCAUCAGUUGCCCAUGGAACUGUGUUGAAACACCUUGUGUUGAAAUCUUACUAAGUUUAAAAUAGGGAGUUGGUGCAAAGCAGAUGUAUAUGCAUUUGUAACCUAGGCAUACUAUAUUUUUUCCAUGUGUGCAUUGAAAAACAGCUCUUGUGCCAAAACUUGGGAGUUUAGGCAUUCCUUUAGGACUGCAGUUAAGGAGUAAAAUAUCCAAAAAGCCCCUCUGUGUUCUGGCUCUAAAUGUUGAGAGCAGUAAUUAAAAUAACUACAAGGGUUGGUUUUGAAUUUCCAUUUUCCACCUGAAUCUUUCUCCUAAUGAAGUGUAAACAUUAAGAACUAGACUUUUAUCCCUUAAAAAAAAAGGUCAAGGAAUGUGGCUAAAGAGUCACUGAAGGUACUUGAGUCUGUGUUUGAUUGAACUAACAACUUUUAUCUGUAAAGGAGUUCUAAAAAGACUAUCAACAAUAAAUAGGUCAUCUUGUUCGGUACAUCUCAGCUGGUUGGAAUUGUCCCACUGUAUGAUACUAAUAAACCAAGUAGAAUUAUUUACGUAUGUUUGCUUUAUGAUAGGGCUAGGUAGAAAGAUGGGGUUCCUUUACUGAAUUACAGUACAGGUGUUUCAUAUUAAUCUUGGUGCUAAUAAAUAUUCAGGCCAGUUAUCUGGCAUGUGUACUGAUGUAUGAAGCCUUGGCUUAAAUCAAAACCAUGUUCACGAUAACUCUUUUUCCUUUAGCUGAUAAAAAUAUAGUUCUUGUGUGUGUUCUUGAAAGAAGGAAGACCCCAGUGACAAAUAAAUCCAUGCUUUGCAUGGGUAGUUUUACAAGAGUAAACAUACUGAAUAUCAAGUGUAAUUAUGGCCUAAAAUAAUGUGGAUGUUAUGCUUUUAAAUGAAGCAUAUGCCCAGCAAAUUAUGGUUACUGUAAAAUCUUCAGGUCUAAUACGGUUAGAAAUCAUGUAUAUCUGAGUGUAAUGUACAUUCCUCCUAUGUUCAGGAUUAUUUUUUAAAUGCCUGAUAGGUUCUGUUUAACAUCUUCUGACUGUAAUGUUAUGACACUGAAUAAAAGGAAGAGUGAUUAUUCAUUAUA